CUUUAGAACUUUAUGUCGCCACCAAUGUCUUAAAAAGACCUUCAGAUCGCGUCUUGAGGCAUGCUUCCUACACUUCAUCAUUUCUGAUCCAAUCCUCAUCAACACCAUGUCGUCUGCCCAACAAUGCCGACAGAGGGAGCAAAACUCUCUGGCGUGCACGUCGAUCCUCGACAAUGACCUCUACAAGUUCACCAUGCAACAGGCCGUGCGCCAACACUACCCUAACACGCCCUGCGACUAUCUUUUCACGAACCGAUCCCCAGACCUCGCCAAGCUGCCGCAUAAGGCACUUCCAUGGUUGAAGGAAAAGAUCCACGACAUGGCCGCCCUUCACCUGACGCCAGACGAGCGUUUGUUUCUGGAGGCUAAGUGCCCGUAUCUGACAAAGGAUUAUCUCGACUGGUUGCAGAAUGAGUUCAGAUUUAAACCGGAGGAGCAGGUUCAGAUCAAGUUCGCGGCAGUAGCAGCAGCAACAGGAGCAGGAACAGAAGCAGAGAAAUCAAUUGACACUAGCGAACAUGGGUCAGAGUUGGUCAGGAUCAUGAUUACGGGCAAGUGGGACGAGGUGAUCCUGUACGAGGUACCGAUCUUGGCGCUCGUCUCCGAGGCGUACUUCCGGUUCGGUGACCAGGACUGGAGCUACGAUGGGCAGUUCGAGGCAGCACAGACAAAGGCCAGGCGAUUGGUUCAUGCAGGAGCCAAAUUUGCAGAGUUUGGAACCAGGCGUCGACGGGACUAUGAGACGCAGCGGAUCGUGCUCGAAGGACUUAUCGCCGGAUCGCCGUCACCUGCAGAGGCUGUCAAGACCCAGCCGGGGCAAGGGUUCUUGACCGGCACGAGUAACCUGCAUUUUGCGCAUGUGAUGAACCUAGUACCGAUUGGGACAAUGGCGCAUGAGUGGUAUAUGGGCACGGCCGCGAUCCUGCGGGAUGCCAGCCAGGCGAAUAAGGUGGCGCUCGAGCGAUGGUCAAGGACCUACCCAGGCCAAGUGCUCGGAAUUGCAUUAACAGAUACGUUCACAACGGCUGCGUUCCUGAAGGCGUUUAAGGGCAAGAUCGCGAAGGAGUGGUCAGGCGUGCGACAUGAUUCCGGGGAUCCAUUUGAGUUUAUGGAUCGCAUUAUCCAGCAUUACGAUCAGGAUCCGAUGGUGGGACCCGAAAUGCGCAAGAUGAAGAGGAUUGUGUUUUCGGAUGGGCUGAAUACAGAGAAAGCGAUCCAGUUGCAGGAAGCAGCAGAUGCGAAGGGGAUUCAGGUGUCGUUCGGGAUCGGGACGCAUUUUACGAAUGAUUAUCAGUGUCUGGAGGGGGCAAAGGGGACAAGCAAUGCGAUGAAUAUCGUGAUCAAGUUGUAUUCGUGUGCGGGCAAGGAGUGUGUCAAGCUGAGUGAUGACCAUGGCAAAGAGAGUGGAAGCGAUGAGGCUGUGUCGGAGGUGAAGCGACAGAUCGGCACGCUUUUGUAGCGCAGAAAGCAAGUAAACACUUACUCAUGAGUUUCAUUUCAGUCCAUAGUUGGUGCAGGGAAAAGCUGCUGAUUUGUAUUGUGGAUUUCUCCGAAUAGAGAUUAGCAC